AUGGCGGAGGCCGCAAGGAUGACGGCGCGGAGCCUAAAACUACUGGCUUGGGUGGUGUUCGUCGGGUGGCUGCUGAUGUGGCUCAUGAGGCCGACCAACACGUACAGAAACGUCUGGCGGAUAAAGCUCCAGGACAAGCUCAACUCCACAACCUACUUCGGCUCGCAAGGUGGGAGAAGCUCAGAGUUCCCUCUUGUUGUCUUCCUUCCUCUUGUUCUUCUUCCUGGUAGCUUAACCCAUUCCGUCAUCCGGGUGGCAGGGAUGAGCAUAUUGAUCUUCGCCUUCCCCAUCAUGUUCAUAUCCCUACUGGGCUGUCUCUACCUUCAUCUAAAGGAGAUAUCGAGCUCCAGCCAGAGGUCUCUUCUUCCUCCGCACUCUUCAGAUUUUCCCGAGCGUAGGGGCCUGUCUGUGUUCACCUGGAUGUCGUCUGCAGUGCCGAAGGAAGGCUCUCAAAGCGGAGCUUCGACGAUCGUCUCGCGUUCUGGGGGAGGCCAGCACUCUCGAAGGGUCCUCUGGGGAUCGUCUCCUGGAUGCAGCUUUCCUUCUUCCUCAUGUUCAUAGCGUUGGUGAUCUGGUCCUUCGCCACCUACCUGAAGACGGGCUUCGACCAGUUGAAGUCAAACUCGGGGAUGCACGGCGGGAUGAUGCACGGUGGCAUGUCCCACGACGAGCCCUCAGAGUAUGAAGAGCCUCCAUUCUCCCCCGCUCUCUCUCUCUCUCUCUCUCUCUCUCCCCCCUCUCUCUCUCACACACACACACUGCUUCUAGAUUGUGACGAGGACCGGGGCUUGUUGCAGGUCACUGCAGAGGUUCAGGACGGCAUCGUUCCGGAUGGCGUUGAUCGGGACGCUGAGCUGCGCUUUCCUCUUCUUCCCCGUGACGCGGGGGUCGUCCAUCUUGCCGCUGUUCGGGCUUACGUCAGACGCCAGCGUGAAGUACCACGUGUGGCUUGGGCACAUCACCCUCAUAUUCUUCUUCGGCCACAGCGCAGGCUACAUCAUCUACUGGGCCAUCAACGACGAAAUCUGUGAGGUAUUCGAAGAUCCCUGUGUAGGCACAGUAAGAGAGAGGGAGAGAGCGAUAGAGGACCAGAGAUCAAAUGAUGGCCUAGGACAAGGUGCAGCUGUUCUCUCCUUACCGAUAACGUGUUCUUAUGUUACCAUGUGCAGAUGGUGAAGUGGGAUAAGGCCGGAAUUUCGAACGUGGCCGGAGAGCUGUCCAUGCUCUUCGGCCUGAUCCUCUGGGCGACGACAUUCCGACGCGUGAGGCGCAAGAGUUACGAGGUCUUCUUCUACACCCACCAGUUCUACGGGCUCUUCAUGUUCUUCUUCCUCCUCCACGUCGGCAUCUCCUUCUUCUACCUGGUCCUCCCGGGCGUCUACCUCUUCCUGCUGGACCGCUACCUCCGCUUCCUCCAGUCGCAGCAGAAGGUCCGCUUCAUCUCCGCCCGUCUCCUCCCCAACGAGACGGUCGAGCUGAACUUCUCGAAGAGUUCCGGUAACGCUCGCAGUUCACUGCGCCCAGAAAAAUCCCUCACCGAUCGGCCGGAUUUGACCAGAGAGGCCUGCGAUCCGUUUCAGGGCUCAGCUACAGCGUCCUCAGCUCCGUCUUCAUCUGCGUUCCCAGCGUGUCGACGUUCCAGUGGCACCCGUUCACCAUCAGUUCCAACAGUAACCUAGAGCCCGACACCCUGAGCGUGAUCAUCAAGAAGGAAGGGAGCUGGUCUCAGAAGCUGUAUCAGGCUCUCUCCUCGCCCUCCUUGGAACGCCUGGAGAUCGCCGUAGAGGGACCUUACGGCCACGUCUCCACAGACUUCCUCGGGUACGGGGAAGAAACGCCGUAAUAAUAUUGAUGAAUUUCUCUGGCAGCAAACGCUGAUAUCUGAUCUUCUUGCAGGCACGACUGUCUGAUCAUGGUAAGCGGGGGGAGCGGGAUCACACCGUUCAUCUCGAUAAUCCGGGAGCUCCUCUUCAUGAGCGCGGCUCAAAGUUGUCCGGUCCCCAAGCUCCGGCUAAUCUGCGCUUUCAAGACGGCGGCUGACCUCACCACGCUGGACCUCCUCUUCCCCCUCUCCGGCGGCAAGCUCGAUGCCUCCCAGCUCGACCUAAUCAUCGACGCCUUCGUCACCAGAGAGAAGGAGCCAAUCGUCGACCCGAGGAAGAGCAUCCAGACCGUGUGGCUGAAGCCCCUAUCCUCUGACGUCCCCAUCUCGCCCAUCCUCGGGCCUCGAAGCUGGCUCUGGCUGGGAGCCAUCAUCUCUUCCUCCUUCAUCCUCUUCCUCCUUCUCCUGGGCAUCGUCGGCCGGUUCUACAUCUACCCCAUCGACAAGAACACCAACACUGUCUACUCGUACUCCUCCAAGGCCGUCCUCGCCCUGAUCUUUAUGUGCGUCUCCAUCGCCGGAGUCGCCAGCGCCGCUUUCCUGUGGGUGAGGAGGGCGUCAUCUUCUUCCGCGGCACAGAUCAAGAACUUCGACGUUCCUACGCCGACCUCGUCCCCUGCCUCCCUUUUCUACAAUGCCGAUCGAGAGCUGGAAAGCCACCCACACGAGGCCCUCUUCAAGGCGACCACGGUGCACUAUGGAGAAAGGCCGAAUCUGCAGAGUAAGCACCCUGUUCUUUCAUCCUCUUCUCUCUUCCCCCUGUCGAUUCUUCCUUCUCCGUCGGGUAAGAUCGCCAUUUUCCUCGCGUUAUCGUUUUGGAAAUCGACGGCAUCAGGAGACAUUGAUCAGCAUGCAUGGAGAAAAGCCCUUAAAACUUGCAUAUUUGAAGUAAAUUUUUUUGUAUCCUAAAGUUCUUUUUUAUCAUAACGAUAACAUCAAGGGAAAGAGGUUGACAUCUGCAUUAUUCUUGCCGUGAGUUUUGGGUUCAACGAAUUUGGGAACAAAAUGAGAGGAAAACAUAACUAUUUGUCAAAAUAAAAUAGUUUUUUUCAUUGUUUUUAAAAUUAUUUAAAUGAGGUUAUUGUUUUCUUUUGAAGAUGUGAAUCUUGUUCUGGUAAAUACCAUAAACUAACAGGCCAUACGCUGUCAUUUUGCAGAGAUAUUGCUCCAAUUCGAUAAUAUGGACAGUGGAGUUCUGGUAAGUGGUCCCCGAGAGAUGCGCAGUGAUGUGGCGAGAAUUUGUUCUUCUGGCCUAGUGAACAAUCUUCACUUCCAAUCGAUUAGCUUCACUUGGUGA